UUGGUUGGGGAAUGCAUGCGUAUUCCCCCUAUGCAGCGGGCCCACCAGGAAACGGCUGUUUGAUUCGUUGUUUUCCCAUUCCCCGAAUCGGUUACUCCCCCAUUACAUUGAUUGCGCGUAAUAGGCAUUACGCCCCCUCAGCGCCGAUUACCCAUUCCGCGUCUUUCCCUUUUUUCUCUUCCGUUUUCUGCCCUCGUCCUCAACACUCCGAUUCUCCCACGCUUCCAGGUGCUCAUAUCUAUUAGCAGACUCUGCUUUUAAGUAGAUGUAUCCUCAAGGGAGAAUGUCGCACCAUUUCAGAGAGCUGCGCGUUGGUGAUUAUCUUGCUGUGAAAGGACCCAAGGGACGGUUCAGAUAUCAACCUGGUGAAGUUAGAGCAUUCGGGAUGAUUGCUGGAGGCUCUGGCAUUACACCAAUGCUCCAAGGAAGAAGAUUAUUGACUAGAGCUACCAUAGGCUUAAUUAUAGCAGGUGGAGCUUAUGUUAGUACUGUUGAUGAAGCAACUUUCUGUGCUAUUAUCAAUCACUUGAGGACAUAGCUGAGGGUGUUUCUGGUUCAAGAGAAAAGCUCACUACUAUCUACCUUGAAAAUAAUCCAUGUGUACGGUUUGCAACUUGCAGUAUUUAGAGACUAUAGUUUUUGUUGGUUUUUGCGAUUGCAGCAUCCUUACGAUCCCAACUGUUUUGUAAUGGCUAAUUGGUUGAUUAUCUUGAUAUUUUUGGUUCUCUGUCUGGUUCAAAUUCGUAGUUGGAACAUGAUUAAUUCUUACUUUAUAUGAUACGAAGCUCCGUUUUCUUGUUGUGUUUUCCUGAUUUCAUAUAUGUAAUCUUUUCUCAAUUAUGUUUCCAAUUUAAUAUUUGAAUGAAGACUCUAAUUAUUGAUAGAGUAUGUCUUUGGUGCAUGCUGUUUUGUGGCAUCCAUCUAAAGUAGUUUUCUACCUUCCUAGGCUGAGUUCAGUUAAGUCUAUAUCAUCAUCCUCCCCUUGGCAUAUUGCAUUCAUUUUAGCUAUAGAGUUAUUUGCACAAUUGGUGAUUAUCGUUUGACAUUUCUCAAUCUUCUAUACUGGCCUAGUAGUCAUUCUUCUCUCCUAACCUUUCUCAUA